GACCCUGGACUCUGAUCUCGUCCAAUCAGACGAGACGUCCUGCAGGUUGACUCUUCAAACCUUUACUCCAGAUCUGUGUCAUAGACUGAAAGUCAAAGCGACUGACGGACAGCAGCAGCUGUGUGUGUGUGUGUGUGUGUGUGUGUGUGUGACUGCGUGUGUGUGUGUGUGUGUGUGUGAGUUUGUGUGUUUGGGGCUGGUCAAAGGUGAGAUCUAGCUUGUGUGUCAGUGCUCGUCCUCAAAUAGAGUCCUUCCUCCGUUGCUUCUUCUCACUGAGCAGUCGAUGAGAGUCAGAACCAAAUCCUUCUUUAUCGAGCUGAUCCUGAUCCCGAUCCUGAUCCUGAUCCCGAUCCUGAUCCUGAUCCCGAUCCUGAUCCUGAUCCCGAUCCCGAUCCUGAUCCCGAUCCUGAUCCUGAUCCCGAUCCUGAUCCUGAUCCUCGUCACUUCCUCCCUCACUGGACGUCAACCUUCACGCUGCUGAUUAUCUGGAUUUUAUUUCAGGCUCCGUCUGUUUCACAACUCUGAUCAGAAACUGAUGAGAACCUCACACAACAAACCUACAGCUGUGAACAUCUGGACAUGAGAUGAAUAUCUCAACUGCACACGUGGUCGUCUGGACAGAAGAACAUCUGUAAACCCAUAGAACCUCAACCAACAUCCGGACAGUGGCAUCAGGUGAAUGGAGCAGAUGUUUGGUGAAGAAGCAGAAUAACGUGUGGACGUCCCACACCUGUAGAAACCAGAGGAACCUGUGAGAACAGUGCUGUCUCCUCAGAGGACGGAGCGAGGGAUGGGAGGAGCCGGCUGUAAGGAGGUGAAGGAGGAGAAGAGGAGCUUGGGGGGGGAGGACAGUCUCUCGUCCGCCGACAGAAUCAGACGAUUUAUCAUCAAACAGUUUGGAUUCAACGUCCUGAGUCUGGCUCGACGAGGCCUGAAGGACGUCCCAGAUGAGUUGUGGGAGCUGCUGGAGUUGGAGAAGUUGAACUUGUCUCUGAACAGUCUGAAGGUUCUUCCUCCUCAUCUGGCUCGGCUCUCCAACCUGGUGGUCCUCAACCUGUGGGGCAACCAGUUGAGCAGUCUGCCGUCAGAGAUCGGGCAGUUGAGGAGACUCCGAGUUUUAUUCGUCUACAGAAACAGACUCACUGAAGUUCCUGAGGAGCUGGGAGCGUGUACACAACUGGAGGUGCUGAGUCUCGCCAACAACCAGCUGUCCUCUCUGCCGGCGUCUCUGUCCAACCUGACCCGACUCAGGAAACUCAACCUCAGCCACAACCACAUGGCUCACAUCCCAGGCUGUGUCUACCACAUGAAGGCACUGGUGUUCCUACAUCUGGCCUGUAACCAUCUGGAGAACCUGGCAGAGAACAUCCAGGCUCUGCUGGAACUAAAGAUCCUCAUCGUGGAAGGAAACAGCCUCAGAUCACUGCCCAAGGGCCUGUGCUGCCUGACCAGGUUGGAGCUGCUGAAUCUGGACUUUAAUGACAUUAAAGAUGUUCCACAGGACCUGCACCAGCUGUGUCGGCUGGAGAAGUUGGCGUGUCACCCUCUGGACAAAGGUCUUCACAUCGUCCACAACCCGCUGCUGAAGCCGCUGAAGGAGGUUCUGGAGAGGGGGGGGCUCGCCGACCUCUUCACCUACCUGAGAGCCAGCUAG